AAUUCAAAAGGAAAAUAUCACGAUACAUGACAGCGGGAAGGUAACUUAAAUACACGUAUAUCUAUGAAAUAAAUUUCAUAAUUAUAAUUUUUAACAAUGGUGGUGGUGGUGGCGGCGCCGCAGGUGUGGCUGCUGACGCUGGUGAGUCUGGUGGCGAUGGUGGUCGUGAUGGCGCGGGUGGCGACGGCGGAGGCGAGUCUGUACAACACAAGGAACAGCAACAUCAUGGCCAAGGCGGCCAUCUGGGGCCUCAAGGCUUUCACUCAGGAAGGCUCGGAGUGGUUGCCGCCCCACGACGCAGGCCGCGUGCUGGUCACCACCUGGCUGCUGGCGUCCCUGGUGUUCAUGUCCUCCUACAGCGGCAUCCUCACCGCCAUGCUCACCGUGCCGCGGGUCACCAUCCCCAUUGACUCCCUCGCAGACCUGGUGGCGCAAAACGACCUGCCCUGGAGGCUGGAGGCGGGCUCCAUGAUGUUCCAGUACUUCCAAGUAAGUGAUGGAGGAUGGGACAUUAUAAAUACGAAGAGGUGCACAGCUUAUUUGGUCAACAAGUUAAACACAGCACAGCAAUUUCCUCUGUUUAAAGCGUUACUGGGACGUGAGAGAUAAUGCUAUUAGGACUGAUAGAAUGUGAAGGACGGGGAAUAUUACAAAGACACGAAACAAAGCUGCUGCAAAAAGUCUCAAGUGUUUGUUGUUGUGGCGUAUCAGGUACUAAGUGAAGUGGCGCUGGGACAUGAUUGUAGAUGCGGGACAACGUGCGUGUGUCUCGGCGUGGCAAGUAAUGUACGGUGACUCCGGGACUACAUUCUUCAGCCACAUUCUUCAGCCACAUUUUCGGCGUUUUAUCUUUACUUUUAACA